GUUUUUUUUAAUGUAUGACAUUUUAGUUUCAAAAUAUUCGUGUUAGCACCCACAAACAAUAAAAUACAACAAAGAAAUCUGUACACCCACAAGAAUGUAUCGUACAAAGCCCUAAUCGGCGGAGGAAACCAGAAAUCGAAGGAAAAUGGCGGGUCAUUUAUCGCUCGAGGUGGCGAAGACGGUGAUGGAGGUGGCUGACGUGGCGUGGGCCGCCGUCGAGUGCUGCCAUCACCACCGCGACCACGAUUCUACGCCGUCGCCGCCUGCAACCGAAGAAAGACGGGAUUUUGAUACUGAAACACUGCGAUCCGACAACGAACGGCUCCGUCAAUUGCUCGAGAAAAACCUCAAUCUCCUCCACCAGAUUUCUUGUUCACCGGCUUUGUUGCAUAAUUGCCCAUCUGAUCUUCAUGAUCGUAUUAUGUCUGCUGUUAGUUCUGAAAAAUUCCUGGAUGAGCUUGAGUGUCACCGAAAAAAAUCUGCUUGCUCGUCCCCUUUUGACGAGCCAUCAGAUCCUGAGAAAGCUGAAGUUUUGAUUAAUGAUGAUAAUGAGGAGCCGAGUUUGUGGGUUUUGGUAUCUGAAGAUAUGAUUCCUAAUAAAACUGAAGAAAAGAGUGGCAUUGACAAUGAAAAUUAUGUAGUUGUGAGUGAAGAGCAUGUGGUGGAUGGAGUGGCUACCUUUAUGGCUCGGUGCAUUUUGGCGAACCCAAAAUCUCUGAGUUUGAACCCUAUCGAGCUACAGAAAGGCAGGUUUUUGAGUGUAUCAGCAAGAGUGAAACUAUAUGGAAAAAAAGUGCCAUUUAGCAAUUUGUUGUUAGUGAUUGACUCAUUUUGGCCUCGGUGUUGGAAACACACACACACACGCAAACAGAGACCUGUGACAAAAACUUUGGGAGGCAUGAAUAAAGUCGAGAAAAUGCUGAAUAUUUGGCAUGCUGGGAAGGUGUUUUACCUGCUAGCUACAUGGGGUCUUGCUCUAGCAAGUUUGUACCAAGGUCGAGCUAUGCUGAAACUUGCUACACUUGGGGUCCAUCACUCCAGCAAGAUGGCUCUGAAGGUGUUAUAAAAACAAUGAGGCCUGUUCUUAUGUAUGAGUAAACGUUUGAUUGUUCAAACUCUCGUUUGCUGUUUAUUGUUAGGCUCUGUUUAUUGUCAAAUGUACAUAAGUGUGGAUGCCAUUGAACGCGAUUCUGUAAACUGUAAAUAUAAGACACACAUUGGUGGUGAUUGGUCAUUAAAAUUGAUUUGGUUUGGGAAUAUUAUAAAUUUUGAACCACAUAAUAUGAAU